UCUGCACAACAGUAUCCUUCAUUCCUGGGUAGCUCAGUUCAUGAAAAAAUGGACACAGAAAAUCAGAGCAGAGCAGAUCUUGCUCUCCCAAAUCCACAAGAAUCCCCCAGUGCGCCUGACAUUGAGCUCUUGGAAGCAUCUCCUCCUGCUAAAGCUCUGCCAGAGAAGCCAGCGACACCCCCACCACAGCAGACAUGGCAGACAGUUUUGAAGAGAGAUUUGGAAUUCCUGGGGGCAACACAAAUUCUGGUUGGCUUGAUAUGCCUUUGUUUUGGAACAAUUGUCUACUCUGCACUCCAUAUUUCAGACUUUGAUGAAGAAGUACUUUUAUCGUAUAGAGCGGGCUACCCAUUCUGGGGAGCAGUGCUGUUUGUUUUGUCUGGAUUUUUGUCAGUUAUGUCUGAAAGGAAAAACACACUGUAUCUGGUGAGAGGAAGCCUGGGAGCCAACCUUGUCAGCAGUAUCACUGCAGGAAUAGGGAUCGUCAUACUGAUCCUCAAUCUGAGCCACAGUUUCGCUUACAUGAACUACUGUAGGGACCUAAGCGAGGACGAUGGCUGCUUCGUGGCGUCUUUUGUCACAGAAAUGGUGCUGAUGAUGCUGUUCCUCACUAUCCUGGCCUUUUGCAGUGCUGUGCUGCUCACUACCCAUAGGCUUGGAGAAGAACUCAAAAAUAAUAAGGUCACAGAUGAUCGUCUUUAUGAAGAACUAAAUGUUUAUUCACCAAUUUACAGUGAGUUGGAAGACAAAGGGGAAGCACCUUCUCCUAUUGGUUCAUAAGCAUCAGGGGACCAGAACAAUCUGCUUCAUGGUAGACUCCUGAAAGCCAACCUUUAAAUGCCUUUACAAAAUUUUGGCAAAAUUGGUUUGCUCCACAUUCUGCCGGUUUUACAAUUAGACUGUUCUCUGAAGCCAACAUUUUAGUUACGCUGUUUAUGAUCUUCUAACCAUCCCCCUUUUUGGGAUAUCAUCCACUCCAAUUUCCUUGUUCUGUGUCACAGUCUCACAAACAUUCGUUCUGGAUAGUCAUCAAGAAAUAAGUUAGCUCUUAUUCUAUGCCCAUAACCAUGAACAAAAGGAAAACAAGGAGGAAAUAGGCUGAGAAUUUAACUAAACUUAGAUAAUCUGGUAAUAUUUGCUUUUCAUUCUUUUUAGAAUUCUAAACAACUAUAGUUUGGCAUGAUAUACAUCUACCCAUAUUCAUUCCUACCUAUAUAUGUAUUUUAACAUGAUAUAUAAUUUCUAUAUGGAAAUAUUUUGCACCCCAGUGAUAAUGGCUUUUUCAAAGGUACAACAUUUUAUAAAAAUAUGUGUAUCUUCUAAUUCAUCAGUAUAUUCACUAACAUAGUCAUUGUUCAGUGAUAUUUACCAAUUGUUGAGUAGUGAGUAGUAGGGAAUACCAUUAAGUCAUUCAGUCUAGUAGAUGGAUAGGCAAAAUCAAGGACACUUUGAGUGUUUUAUCAUUCAGGUAGACGUGAUGAAUGAAGAAUAAAUUGAUUAAGACUUGAGUUGAAAGGAAUUCAAUAGAAAAACAAGAAACGAUCAUGUAUAACACAUGUAGAUAAAUAUAUACCCCACAUUUGGUAGAUCUGGGCAUGUAUGCUUAGAAUCCUAGCACAAGGCCAGCCUCCAUUACAUAGAGAGUUAGAAGCCAACCUGGGUUAUACAGGAUCCUACAUCAAAGGACCAAAGAGGAAAUUGGUUUAAGCUGUUAACACUUUAAAAGAUAGUUAGACAGACAACAGUUUGACUGAUAUACUGAGUGUUUGAGUCUUUAAUAAAACUGAAUAUUAAUAACAUUGUGGGGGAGGGAAGCAAUAAUAUAGAAAUCUGAAUGGUGAAGAGUAGCAGAGACAAACUAAAUAUAGAAGCUUAAUUUUAGAUUUAUAUUCUGAGACCAUUAUGAGAUGUCAUUAAAUGAAGAAGAUCAAGAUGCUAGAAGAAUUAUUUUGAGAUAGAAUUAAGGCAAGCUAAUCUCCGCAUGCCUAUACUUAGAAGGGGAAAGUAAGGAUCAAAUCCAGAAAGCAUAACAACUGGAAAAGCAUAUUACAAAACAUCAGACAGCAGGUAGCCUAUGGUGGAGAAGAGUUAAGCAAAGAGAAAAUGAUUAAUCACCAGAGACUGUACAUGGGAAAGAGAAGAGAAAACAGCAAUCUUAAAUGAACACAAAAUAUA